UACAUUCGCGAGGUGGAUCGACGGGAAGGCCAAUCUGUGUCCUCUCUUGCGGAGUUUCACCUGAAUUCCGGCUCGUUUUCCUCUGUGGCGCCGCUUCCGCAUCCAUGCACCGAAAACCGCGGACGCCGCUCCGAAACAGGGCCUGCAAUCCAACAUCAGGUUACAAUCACACAGGCAGACUGUGAUAACCAAGGAUUAAACAUAAUUUGUCAAGUGAUUGAUUUACCUCUAUUCAGACGGGAACUAAGAUUGGUGUUGGUCCUAGAUGGUGCAUUCACGUGUGUUGCUGAUCCAGAAUUUGGAAAUUGAUUUUUAAAUGAUGUGGGUAGAGCUUCUUGUGAAAUAAAUGAGGUGGGAGAGAAGACUGCCAUUUGCAGGGUAAGUGGAGAAUGGGAAGAUCGAGAAGACAACUGCACCCUCCAGAGGAUUGCGCAACUACUCAGUCAAUCUAGGUUAUUGAAUGAAAUGACAUUGCCAGAGUUCCUGGAAGAACUCAGCAAUGUCACUCUCGAACUGAGUCAACAAGUGACUGAAUCUCCUAACAACAUUGAUGCCAUUGUUACAAUUCUCAACAAUGUAGCAACCUUUGUAACAACAUCUACUAUCCAGAUAAGUCAGGUCUCGAUGGAGGAUGUCCUUCUCACUACUGAUGUCCUUACUAGAGAUGAGGCAAGAGAAUCAUGGGACAUUCUUAACCUUGAAGCAGUCAUUGAGACCAUAGAAACAAGAAACAUCACUCCCAGAAAUGAGAGUGUCAGCUCAUUAUUGUUGUUUGGUCUUGAGGGUAUAACGAGUAGGCUAAUCAAUGCCUCGUUUAACAUUGAAACACCUUUGAUUCUCUUGAACAAAACUACAUUCACCAACACUUUCAAUGGGGAUUUUAAUUCUACAGUGGAGAUAGACAUAGAGGAGUCUAGUGGGCCAACAAACCUCACUGUGAUAACCUUUGAAUCAUUGGAUAAUGUACUUCCCCCAAGAGAUGAAAACAACUCUACAGGCAGGGUAAUCAAUGGGAGAGUCGUACUUGUUCAGUCUGACACCACCGUGGACAAUGUCUCUUUCACAUUUGACAUUAUAAAUGAGACUCUGGGGAACCCUCAGUGUGUGUUCUGGAACUUUACUCUCUUUGAAGGUCUUGGAGGAUGGGACGAUGAAGGCUGCGAGCUAGUUGACAGAGAUGACAAAACGGUUAAAUGUCAGUAUGACCACCUAACCUCCUUUUCAAUGCUAAUGUCACCCUUUGUUCCAAACAGACGUGUGUUGGAUUUCAUAACGUACAUUGGCGUCGGUAUUUCCAUGGCAUCCCUAGUUAUAUGCCUCAUUAUUGAGGCGUUUAUAUGGAAAAAAGUUAGAAAGAACGACAAAGCACAGUUGAGCCAUAUUCCCAUUGUUAACAUUGCACUGUCUCUCCUGAUUGCAAACAUUUGGUUCAUUAUUGGCACAAGUAUCUCUGAAGGAGAUAAAAAGAAUCCAGAUGCAUGCACUGCUGCUACCUUUUUCAUCCAUUUAUUUUACUUUGUGCUCUUUUUCUGGAUAUUGGCGUAUGGCCUGUUGUUGUUCUAUUUAACAGUCUUUAUCUUUGGUAAUAUUUCUAAAACGACUUUGAUAGCUAUUGGAUUUUCUCUGGGCUAUGGGGCCCCAUUGAUUAUCACUGUCAUUACGAUUGCUGUAACAGAACCGAACAAUGCUUACAUUCAAGAAACUGUGAUCUGCUGGCUCAACUGGGAUAAAUCUUGAGCACUACUGGCAUUUGUGAUCCCAGCACUGCUCAUAGUGCUUAUAAACAUUGUAAUUCUAAUUGUGGUGUUGGUUACAAUACUGCAUAGUAAAAGGAUGUCAAUCACUGUACAAAACAAUGACAAUUAUAUUGUGGUGGAGAUUGCUCGGACCUUGGCCAUCCUUACACCCUUCUUUGGAAUAACUUGGAGUCUUGGAGUGGGAACUCUAACUGACCCAACUAAUCUCGGAAUCCACAUUGCCUUCGCCUUCUUCAAUUCUCUACAGGGCUUCUUCAUAUUGGUUUUUGGAACACUCUUAAGGAGACAGAUUUUCAGAUCCGGUCAUCAAUGUUUGGGUCUGAAACCGUCUCAAAGUUCUGGAAGUGGGACAGCGACCACCAAUUUUGGAACCUCAUCGAGUGGAGGACAUGUGAUGAGUGUUCUCCACUCAUCGAGUGGAGAACAAGAAAAUAAACGGUAUCACAACUUUUUAUAAGGGUUCAUUGCACCUCUUGUCUCCAAACAGCACAACAACCAAGUUGUAAUCUAUUUUGUUUAUGUAUUUUGUUAUUAUUAUUCUUUUUUUUCAGGUGGUAACAAUUCAUCAUCGGAUGCCAGUGCAUCAUCUCAAGCUGCCAACUCUUGAAGACCACUGCACUCUACUCUGCUCAGGCUGGCCAAGCAACAGUUUCCAAAUACUGUUUGAAAGCUGAGAGGCAAGCUUUCAGACUAAUGCUAAAAUACUUUAAUGCUCCUGUCCUAUUUUUCUCUUAAUAUCAUUCCAAUUAUUUAGAAAAUUAAAGAACAGGAUUAUUGCUCAACAAAUAUGUGCCUGUUGCUCGAGACAAGUGAGCUAUUUUCUUAUCCUAAACAUUGUUUUUUUUUCAUUUCGUAAAAUAACUCAUGGCUGCAUGCGAGUACAGUAACGCCCCACUAUAUCACGUUUCACGCUUCGAGGUCCCACUGCGUUGGCUAGCAUUUACAAAAUAAAUGUUAUUACGGUUGUUACUGUAUUCCGUACAAUAUCUUUGUGUUAGCUGUUGUUCUUGCUCUCUCAAUAUAUUACACUGUAUACCUAUCUGUAUGUCUAAAUGUGUUUGUAUUUUUUGAAGUGUGUUUCAAAAAUAUAAGCGCCAUAAAUGCUAUAAAAAUAUGCCUCAAUAAAAUCUGGGGCACAAUAGUGGUGUAAUAGGGUAUAAUGUUUGCAAAGUAUCUAGCUACAGUAUGUUGCGAUAUCCUUGAAAAGGAUGACAAAUGUAAUAGUCCUAAAUAUAUUUAAUUAUUUGACAUUUUGUUUCUGAGAUGUUAAUUUAAUAUAACAGUCAUAUACUAAUAAUAUUACAACUAUUUCAAAUUCUUAAUCAGUAAAAAAUAAUGAUUCUUAUCACAACAAGGCAGAAGGCAGCCAUGCACUUUGGAACAUUACUAACUGAAAUAAACUAUAACUAUUUGUUUUCAUGACUUGUAUAAUGAAAUAGUUUUGAUAAACUUGCACUUCUUAUAUUAGAGAUAGAAUAUAGGCCACAUCAUCAUCAGUGUGUUUGUCCAGUAGUCAAAUAUAGAGCAGCACAGGUUUAUUCUAUUAAGUGACAGAGGCUCAGAUUUGAUGUGAUGUUUCAUUUUUACCACAGUAAAAAAUACUAAAAAGGUAGACAGUAGCUAAUUAUAUUACUCUUUAUGGGUUUGGAUGUCUCUGAUGUUUUAAAUGUUUAAUGUACUGUCAUAUGGAAAAUGGUAAAAGCAGAUAUGCUGACUAAGGGACAUUGCUUGUGUAACACUUUGUUAACGUGUGUCUGUCUUCUCUCUGUAUCUUUUGUAUUUGACUUAUCAGUUUGUUAGCAAAACUAUACUGCAAAAAUGUGUGUUCCAUGUUAAAGCAUCAAUAAUACAGCUAAUAUAGUGUAUUUCAUCGCUGUCAGGUAGGAACCUCUUAUGCCAUAAUUUGGUAAAUUUUUCACAAAUCAAUACAGAAGUCCCAGUACAAAUUAUUAAACCAAUCGAAAGUAUUGAAAAUAGCUUACUUUUUUUACUA